AUGUCACAAACUGAUCUAGGUCCAGCCCUAGAGAAGGGGAUCUGGGUCGCGGUGGUUAUCGCUGCUGUAAUCGUUAUUUUACGAGUAUUUGCCAAAAUCAAGAUCAAACGAUUUGGCAUCGAUGAUGGCCUGAUGAUCUUCGCGGAGAUUCUGGCAAUCGUGUCAACGGUAUUCUUGACCUUGUCGGUUAAGCAUGGGUUCGGCAAGAAUCUCCGCACACUACCACCAACCGACAAGGAAGCGGUCUUGAAGAACAUCGCAAUCCAAGUGCCAAUCGUCACCUUCAGCACCACCUUCGCCCGCUCGGCAUUCAUUCUCUAUCUCCUCCCGCUCCUCGGAACCAACAAGUACUACCAGGUCGCGCUAUGGACUAUUUGGGCGAUACAAUUCGCCGGGAACGCUGCAUCGGCCGUCCUGCCACUUAGCAUCUGUCGCGACGUGGCUGCUCUAUGGGACCCAGCAGUCGCAGUUGCGACGACCUGCGGCGACUCGGAUGCAGUUAUCAAAUUUGCCUACUACUCCAAUACAUUCAACUCAGCCACCGAUCUGUUUUUGGCCGUUUUCCCAACAGUGGUAUUCUGGAACUUGAAUCUGAAAUUACGCAUCAAGAUCAGUUUAAUCUUUCUUCUCAGUUUGGGUAUUGUUGCGAUGAUCGCAUCCAUCAUCAAAACAACCAAAUUAAACGCCGUCCCCAGCAUCACCAAUACCGGAGCCAGUGGCGGCAUUGAACUAAUCCGCUGGGGAUACAUCGAAAAUGUCAUCAUAAUUAUCACCUCCUCGAUCCCCUGCAUCCGCCCCUUGAUCAUCUCUUCCGUGCGCAAGAUCUCCAGCGGCAAAUUAUCCCGCUCCUACGAACUUAGCAUGCCAUUUAGUGGGCGGAAAUCCGGUGCUGUUGCUACCCCAAACGAGAGGAGCCAGUCGCGCCACGCGCACUGGUUCAAUUCUGAUGUCGAGAAUGAUAGUAUCGAUCGCAUUCUGGAUCGUAAUAGGAGCUCGCAUACCAGUACAUCUAUAGGAGGCGCGCCUGAUUCCCCUACUUUCUCCACUCCCGGUAUCACGAAGCAGGUGGAGAUUUCGGUUGUCUCAGAUGCUAGGCAACCUGUGAAACAUAUGGGUAAUCUCUGA